AUCGAAACCCAUUUGGUUACAUUACUUUUCCGUUCAUCUCAGAGCAGCCGGCUGCUAAAAGAGGGGAGGGAUCGGAAGAAGCAAGGAGCUUAGUAGCUUACUAGUAGCUCAGGGCCUCAGGCCCGCAAGGCAGCAGGCAGUUCAUCAAGCCUUCAAGCUAGCAGGUAGUUUCAUGGGGAACUGCACGGCGUCGCAGCGUGCGGCGGAGUCGUGGGCUGACGACGGCGAGUGCUGGGAGGAGGAGGCGUCCUCGGAGGAGGGCGACCACCACCACGGCCAUCACGACCACCACGAGAGGCGGGAGGAGCACGGCUCGGAGGUGACCAUCAGGAUCACCAAGAGGCAGCUGCACGAGCUGAUGGAAAAGAGGGGCAGCGGCCAUGGCCAUGGCUUGCAGCUGCCGGGGUUGGGCAGCCGUCGGUCGACGGAGCAGCUGCUGGCGGACAUCAUGAACUCCGGGGAGGUGCAUCACAACCACAGGGAGGAGCACUGGCACUGGAAGCCCGCGCUGCAGAGCAUCCCCGAGGCCGUGGAGUCAUGACACCGGAGAAUUCGAUCGAUCUCGAUCGGUCGUGACUUGGUGGUUCAGAAAUUCUUUUGGCGCCACUUCUCCAAUCUCCUCCAAGUCGUCUUCGUUCUUAUCGUUGGUUUCACCUUGUUCGAUCGGUGUCAAACUGUAGUCACUAAUCCGUGUAGAUAUAGGUUUUCUUUCCCUGCACAUUAAUGCAGGGAAAUUGUGAAUUCAAUUUCAGGCAGCUGUAGGAAAAGAAUCUGUGAAAAGGCCAAUUCCUCAAGUUCCGUUCA